AUGAACCUAUUAUCUAGAAAUAUUCCAAUCUUACGUUGUAAUAGUUCAAUCUUUGCUGUAUCGGUUUAUGGAUCAACCGCAACUGAAAUAAAUUUCACGCGCCGGUUUUUAAGCAAUAAAAGUAAUGGUCUAACAAAAUCACAGGCUAACAGCGAGAGAGCUGAUGUUUCAACUGAUGUUAGACCUAUAGGGGAAAAGGUUAAGGAAGCGACAAAGACUGUAUCUUACACUGGAAUUAUAUUGGUUGGCGUUGGAGUAACUGGUGUCAUAUUUUAUUAUGUAUUUAGAGAACUGUUUUCAAGCAACAGUCCUAAUAGUAUAUAUUCAGUAGCUUUGGAAAAAUGCAAAAAUGAUCCAAGAGUGGAAGAUGCUCUAGGCUCUCCAAUUAAGGGCUAUGGUGAAGAAACAACAAGGAGGCGGAGAACACAUGUAAGUCAUGCUGUCUAUGAGAAAAAUGGAGUUAAGCAUAUGAGAAUGAGAUUCUAUAUUAAGGGAAUAAGAAAUAAGGCUAUUGUGGAGCUAGACAUGAAACAGAAUGACUAUGGAAAUUAUAUGUGUCGGUACUUACUGGUGCAACUUGACGACUACAGCGGUAAAACCUUUAUUAUAGAAGACAACAGAACUGAUUUGGACCAAACCAAAGCUGAAUUUGGUGGACAAUUACCAAGCUUAACUCUUACCCAGUAG